AUGACAUCCGUGACUAGUUCAAUCAUCAGCAACAUCAGUUCAUUGUUAUUCCAACUGUAUGCCGAAAAAGAGAAGAACGGAGGAGCAACAACUAACAACCCCGGCAACGAUACAAAUUACUCGUAUAUCGUUAUAAUUGUUUGUCGUAGAGUCAAGAAAUACAUAAAUGGUUGGGUUUCUUAUUGGCGUGGAGAAAUUGUACUAAUUAAUGGACUAGAAUUUUCGCCCGGUAUAUGGAAAUACCCAAAGAGGGAACAUAUUGGUACGGGUAAAGACGGCGAAGUAGGAAGCGCUCAGACAGAGGCACCAGAGGCACCAUGGAGAAAUAUUAUUGGUGGAAGAUCAGUAUCAGAUCUAGGUAGUGCCGAGUACUGUACUACACAAACAGGAAAAUGCAUAACUAGUAUAAUAUUGUUCCAUGGAAUGAGAAGGAAGCAACCAAAGAUGCUUACAUAG